AUGAGAUUAAGUUUGAGCCCAGCAGCCAAAGUGACCACCCAGAACGAGGAUGAGCCAUACAAAGAUGGUCAAGGAUCGCCAAGAACAAGGGUGGCCACUGAGACCAAAAACGGGGAAGCUUGGAGCACUGAAGACGCGAGAGUUGAGGAGGGAGCCGCUGAUGAUGACGGACGUGAGGAUGCUGCCAAGACCUUGGAGAAGCAUCCAUAUUCCAUCAGCACCCAACUCAGUGGAGGGACUCCCACCCCCAUCCUGCCUUCCGCGGCCAGCAUCCAGCUUGCUCAGCUCCAAGCCCAGCUCACCCUUCAGCGCUUGAAGUUUGCUCAGUCAGCAGUGAACAGCAACACGGCAGCCGCCAGUGUCCUGAGUCAGGUGCUCACCAAGGUCGCCAUGUCCCAACCUCUGUUCAACACAUUGAUCAGCGCCACUUCGGGGCAGGCCGCGGCUUGCAUGUCAGGCCCGGGUAUGCCGCCGGGUGGCUUGGCUUAUCCUCCACAAACGCCGGGCUUGCCCCCUCUGCUGGCCGGAGGUAUUGGCCACGGCGGGAGCCUACAGGCCCAGAACACCAACUCCCACAGAAUGAACCCUUUUGUGGGCAUGACUUCGCAAUUGCCUGCCCACACAGCCGCCCAAGUUAUGAAUCUGAACAAGCCUACCUCGUCACAACCUCCCGCUGGCUUCUCCGAAUAUCCGGCAGAUUUCUCCUGCAAGACCAGCGUCACCGGCAACCACACCUACAUGCAUGAUGAGGUUCUGAAUACCCAUGGCUUUCAUCCAUUUGGAUUCAGGGGAGACAUGUCUAACAUGCUUCCUGUUAACCCCGGCACAAUUAAAGGUCAGCAGCUUUUGAACCAGCCUCAUCCCGGAUUCCAGCUGGAUUUUCAGAAUUGCCAGACGUCCAGAAUGCAGGCACUGGGUUAUCCAGGAGAAAUGAGUGCCGGUGGCGUCCCGCAGAAACCAGAGAGAUUUCAGCAGGUCCACCCGGCUGCCAAUGCACAGAACCAGGGCACAUGGGCAGCCGAUCAGUGGCAAAAUACCCCUCAGCUCCUACACCCGACAAGACCCGAAUAUGGGGCUCAGGCCCACGAUGUGUGGUCCUCAAAGAACCAACAGCUGCAGAUGAGGAAUGAGCUCUACAACCCCGAGGAGCCGACUUCCGAAGUGAAGUCCAUGGUCGGGCGGCCCCCUCACAUCAACAGAGCCAACAACUGUAACCAGAACUUCUCCGGACCGCAGUUCAGUCCCCUUGGCCCCUUUCAUCCCCACCUGCCAGAGAGACAAAUGCAGCCCCGGGAACUCAACGAUUUCCAUGGUUUGGUGCCGUCUCAGCUGCCUCACAUUUGCUCAAUAUGUGACAAGAAAGUCUUUAACCUCAAGGAUUGGGAACAUCAUGUGAAUGGAAAACAUCACAUCCAGAACUGCACCGCCUUCUCUGAAAAUUCUGGCAUUGGGUCAAAUAACUUUGCAAGACCAACAAAUGGAGGUGUCAACUCGUGUGGAGCCAGUACAAUGUUGAAUCCUUCUGACCUCUCACUGGACAACAAUCAAUCUCACUUGAGGACAUUUCCUCUACCAAGUCACGGAUUCUCUUCUGGGUCAAAGCUGUUUCCACAGAGGAAGGCGGGACCCAGCCGAGUCGUCCACAUCUGUAAUCUUCCCGAAGGAAACUGCACUGAGAGCGACGUCAUUAACCUUGGUCUUCCAUUUGGAAAAGUCACAAACUACAUUCUCAUGAGAGCCACAAAACAGGCAUUUCUGGAAAUGGCAUACCCUGAGGCAGCUCAGGCCAUGGUACAGUUCUAUCAGCAGAAACCCCCUGCCAUAGAUGAACAACAGUUACUUGUUCGCAUGUCCAAACAAUAUAAGGAACUCAAGUUGAAGAAACCAGGGAAGAAUGUUGAUUCAAUCAUCAAUGAUAUUAAUUCUCAAAAGGAAAGGGAGAUGCAGAAAAAUGUGGACAGGUUUCCAUCGGAAAGGCCCCGGUCGCGCAGUCCUCUUGCGCAGUCACUCAGCCCCAGGGUGGAGUCUCACAGCCCGAGCAUGGCAUCCUGCUGCUCGUCCCAACAUUCCUCCUCCAGCCCCCGGAAGGGCAACCUGAGCCCUAUGGCGAUCACACGGGGGGAACGCAGCAACAACAACGGGACGGAGCGAAGAUCUUCACGGGGCCAUCAUUCCCACAAGAGAAGGGAGGAGGAGAAGAGUGAGUUCAUGCUGAAGAUUUGUGGCGGAGUCGAAGCCGAUAGGUGGGGUUAUGACAGAAAGCAGCACUUAAAAUCAAGUGGACGCUCCAGUCCGCUGAUCUUGGAGGACGGCGGAGAUGGUUACCAAGGUUACAAAGAUAAAUACGCUAAAUCCAGCCUCCAAAACCUAAUCCCGCCCCAUUCUAAAUACAGGGUGCAAAAUGAAGAGGAUUACAAGAGAGAACGUAAGCAUCAAUCAGCAAGAUGCCACCACUCACCACGGACUAAAGAGAAAGUUAGAGACGCCCACCAGCAGUCGGGCAAGAGAACAAGCUGUGGCAGCCAAGAUCAGGCUGAGCACAAGGGUGAAUUGGAUGGUCAUAAGAAUGCUCGGAUGGAUGGUGUCUGCCACCGAGCCCAAGAGGAGGUGGGAACGAGAGAACAAAAUGAAACCUCCGACAGUGAGGUUGGCGAAGAAGACAGUGUAUGUUCUACAAAAAAAAAUUCAUCCCGCAGGAGCAGCAGGUUACCAGAAUCAGAGUCAGAAAGAAGCACAAAAGAACAGAGCACAUCUUCUGAAAGCGGAAGUGAGAUCGAAGAUGAAGAGUGUUAUAUAGGCAGCUUGGAGGAGUUUGUGACUGUGGAUGAGGUGGGAGGUGAGGAUGAACAUUUGAUGGAGGUACAACCAGAGGUUCCUGAGAUCCAGGAGAGCGCCUGUAUUCAAACGGAACAGGAUGGAAAUAUGGAAAUAAGCAACAAUGAUCAAAUAGCAAAAGAGAUGGUUACUGACUGUGGACAUCGCGAUGACAACCCUCAUAGCUCUUCACCCAGAGAUCCAGGACUAACGGGUCCAACUCCUUCUUUAAGCAGUGACCAUGUUAGCAUGGAAUCUGAGAACCACUCUCUAUUAACGGCCAAUUCACUGAAUGAGAUUGAACAGACUACUGUGAAAGAUCUACAGAGUCCUGUGGAUUGUCAAAGCUGUGAAAUGAGCAAACUGUUAACUGAAAGUGUAUCCAUUGAGCAUCUGGAUUCAGAAAAUUUGCGCGGACCUAUUGGGUCUUGUGAAAAUGAUGAGAAACAACCGCAGGAACAUUCUUCAAAGGAAGUGGUAGAACCACCAAGAACAGAUCAGUCCGUGGCAAGCUCCAGCAUAGGAAGUCCUGAAGCAGCUGAAAUUAAGAAAGAGUCUCCAGAAGGAAUCAGUAGAGAAAACACAAGCCAGCCAUUGCAAGAAUCAGCAGGAAGCAAUCAACAACUCCCUCACAUACAACAACCUGUGUUGCCAUGGCAGCACCAUGACGUCUUCUCUAACCUUAGUAUUCCUCUAGGUGUUGAAUUUGUAGAAGCUAGAACUGGAUUUUACUGCAAGCUUUGUGGUUUAUUUUACAUUACGGAGGAUGCUGCAAAAACCAGUCAUUGUCGGAGUUCUGUGCAUUAUAAGAACCUGCAGAAAUACCUAUCACAGUUGGCAGAUGAAAGCUUGAAGGAAGGUGAGAGAGAUGGAAAUCCCGGAACUGAGGAGGAAGUUGGGAUCAUACCGCAGUUUGACAUGAAAAAGCCCAAUACGUCCUGAAACGUUAAGAUUAUGCUCUGGAGUCUCCAAUAUCAGUGAAACCAAGGCCUAAUUCUUAGGGAUUGCUUCAAGAUGUGGAGCUGGAAUACACCAGGCCAAGGAAGUGAUGGAAAAAAAAGCGAGAAAGGAAAGAAGAUGGAUCCUCCCAUUUGUUGUGAUAUUUUGGAAAGAUGCCUUUAUCCUUAAUCUUCACUGACCAGGCCAAUCAUAUUCAGGGAAUUUCUAGUUUCUAAUUGUAACUGAGAUUAUGAUUAAAUGUAUUGGUUUGAUGAAGACAUUUUAUUUGGACCAUUUCAUAUGGAUAAUUAAUUUAUGUCUGGGUAACAUAUUGUUCGAUUCGAGGGGAGAUUAUUGAUUAGUUUAUUUUACAUUUCUGUGUUAUUUAUUAGAAGCAGCAGAAACUCUUUGAAAACACUGGAAACACAUGACAAAAUUAUAGUUUAGAAAUUGUAUCAGGCAGACAGAUAUGAGUUUAAUAAACAUUUUAUUUAAUGA